UGUACAUUCACAAUCUUGUCUAAACUGCAGAGGCUCAGGCUUGUCUCGCUCACAUUUGAACACCCCCAUUUUUUUCCCAUAGUAGACAGAUCAGCUCAGUGUGGUGCAGCUGCAGUCUAGCAGACUGACUGAUGCAUCUGUGGAACAGGAAGUUUUUCCCAGUUACAAUCGGCAGUGGAUGCUGAUAACAGAGUUCCACAGGUUCAAUGCAAACUGUUUGUGUUGACGGACACACUGAGGAGGUACAGUAUAAGAGAGCUGAGCUGAGCUGAAAGAGAGAGUGUGUAUCUACUCUACCAGCUGACGCCAUGCUGCAGACACUGGCCCUCCUGCUGCUCCAGGUAGCAUAUGUUUUUGGAUGUGGUACACCUGCUGUCAAGCCCAACACCAAUAGGGUAGUAAAUGGAGAGGAUGCCCGUCCCCAUAGCUGGCCCUGGCAGAUCUCCCUGCAGGUGAAGCACGGCAGCCGUUUCCAUCACACUUGUGGAGGAACUCUGAUUGGACCUCGCUGGGUGCUGACUGCUGGGCACUGCAUCUGGCCAGGAGAUGUGUACCGUGUGGUUCUGGGAGAGCAUGACAUGAGCCAACAAGAGGGCACUGAACAGAUCAGAGACAUUCUGCGCAUCAUUGUCCAUCCCAAGUGGGAUAUUGACCAUGUGGCUGAUGGCAAUGAUCUUGCCCUGCUGAAGCUGGAUAAGAGCCCCAUUAUGAACGACAGCAUUGGCCUGGCUUGUAUCCCGGAGGCUGGAGAGAUCCCCACUCAUGGGGCACCGUGUUACAUCUCCGGCUGGGGCAACCUUUACACCCAUGGUCCCAUGCCUGAUAAGUUGCAGCAGGCCUUGCUGCCUGUGGUGGAGCACAGUGUGUGCAGCCGCAGUGACUGGUGGGGCAUCAGCGUCAAGACCACCAUGAUCUGUGCAGGAGGAGAUGUUGUAUCUGGAUGCAAUGGAGACUCUGGAGGUCCUCUGAACUGUUUGGGUCAGGAUGGUAAGUGGUACGUUCAGGGCGUCACCAGCUUUGUUUCCUCCCGCACCUGCAAUGAGGUGAAGAAGCCCACAGUCUUCACGCGCACCUCUGCCUUCACCGAGUGGCUCAGUGAUGUCAUGCUGCGAUACUGAGGAUUCCUCUGGAUGUCAAUUGAUCAACUCCUGCUCGUCUGCUCAUUUUCAAGUUUCACAUCAGGGUCAAAAACAUGAAUGAUGAU